UUCAUUGUGAUCAUUUUGGCCGCCGGCAUGGUGGCUUUCAUCGGCGCCGUUAUUUGCAUCAUCGCAGCCGUCCAUACUGGAACUACCAAGGCGGCACGACAGCAACCGGCUGCCGACAAUCGCUCGUUGUACCCGGCCAGUGCGACGCAGCCCCCCGUUACCAGGGGCUCGGCGGCCAGGGCUGGAAGCCUGGGUGCUCUCCAUGGUUCUGAAGUACCAGAAUCUGAGGCACCGACCUUUCACGUCGGACUCGGUGGUCAGGACGGGGUCACUGGACUGAUUGGCCACGACCCAACAGUCAGUCGGCUCAUAUGCACCCCGAUCCCCGCCGGAGAGUGCAACCUGAAAAACUUUCAGCAACAAGCGGAUGACCCGUCGCUAUACGCGGGAGAGGAUUGGGGGCACCUCCGCACAACGGCGGACGAGCUCCGGCAGACCGUCCGGCAACAAAAGGAGCAAAUACAAACGGACCAGCGGACCAUCAGGGAACUGACAAGCAAACUAUCCGAAUGCGAGAAGGGGCUGAAGGUACGAAGUGGCGUCGCCGACAGACGAGGGGGAGCUGCGGGCAUAUGGGGAGAGGGAGCGCACCUGGAGCGGGUCAUGGUGCGGGACAGCCCCGGGUCUGCGCCUGACCACGUGCUCACGAUACGGGCUGUGGAUGAGCUGGAGCAAGCUAUCAGUCAUCUUAAAGACCGCAUUGAGAGACUGGAGGCAGAUAUCAAUCUGUUCCCUCACAACCAGACAGAUAUCAACACCUCUUCAGUUGUGGAGGAUGGCAGGAAAUCUGGUGGCCCAGAAAUACUGACUGGGAACAAAGCUGGGGCAGAAAGGCCUUGGAGGAUGGAGGAUUUGGAAGGGGAGCUUGAAAGGAAGGUGGAGCUGUUGGAAAAAGAGAGAAAAUCCUUGAGGCUGGAAACUGAAAGACACAGACAGGAAAUGGAUCAGGGAAUCAACAAGCUACACCACCGACUCUCAGAACUGGAGCAAGGUAAAUAUUAUCAUUUAGCUAAUUCUUUUCCAGAGGGCUACAGACUGUCUUUCCCAUCUCGUACAAACUACAUGUACGCUGUGGUGAAACAUUCCAUACCAAAGUUAUUGGCCUUUACCGUCUGCCUGUGGCUCCGGCCAACAGAAGGAGGCAUUGGAACUCCUAUCUCUUAUGCUGUUCCUGAGCAACCCAAUGAACUGGUAUUACUCCAAGGCCUUCAUACGCCCACUGAGCUGCUCAUCAAUGACAAGGUGGCACGGUUACCUCUGAACCUUUCUAGAGGAAAUUGGCAGCACAUUUGUGUGAGCUGGACCCAGAGUGGAGGAGAUUGGCAGGCCUACCAAGGGGGAAAGCUGAGGGGACAAGGCCACGGACUGGCAGCCGGUCAUGACAUUAGACCUGGAGGAGUAUUAAUCCUAGGUCAAGAGCAGGAUUCCCUAGGUGGUGGCUUUGACUCAACUCAAGCUUUAGUUGGAGAGUUGUCCCAGAUGGGUCUUUGGGACCGAGUCCUGUCUGCGGACCAGGUGGCCAGCUUGGCUCGUUGUGGAAUGGUGACCCAGGGCAGUGUGGCUUCUUGGACUGAGCGUGGAGUGGAGAUAUAUGGUGGAGCUACCAAGAACCCAGGGGAGCCUUGCAGUAAACACAGCCAGAGCUCAAAGUGA